GUCAGCUGGGUGGGUGAACGCGGAGCAGUCGCUGGGCUGGCUCCGCUCCGAAUGGAUGUGUACUCGAAGGACUUCAUUUUGCUUCAUGGAGUAAAAUCGCCCGGCUGUGUCUGAGGAUUUAUCCGCACGAGGAUGUAAAUGAAACGCGGAGAACAGAAUGACAAGUGGAACAAAAGAGACUUGUUGUCAUCCGCUUGACUGCACUCAACUCACCGGCUGCUAAGCGAGUUCCGCGGACUUCACUGUGAAGGAGGUCUAUCUGAAGUCACUGCAUCCCUGUUAAAGCAUCGAACUGCUGUUCAAUGGCAGCUCUAGUGAGCUACACUCCACCCUGGUGGGUCAAUCUGCUUCACAGAUUCCCACAUUUCAACUUCAAGUUCGAACACAUCAGCAGUGAUUUUCAGCCUGAAGACUGGACGUAUCAACAGUCCAUCUUGUUGCUGGGAGGUUUGGCGCUCGCCUGUCUGGCACUGGACCUCCUCUUCCUCCUCUUCUACUCGAUUUGUCUAUGCUGCCGACGGAGCAAAAGUGAGGAUCGGUCAUCGACUGAAUGCUGCUGCACAGCGUGGUGUGUUAUAAUCGCAACACUGGUCUGCAGCGCUGGCAUUGCUGUCGGUUUCUAUGGGAACGGCGAGACUUGUGAUGGAGUCUAUCGGCUGACGUAUUCCCUGCGCCACGCAAACCGCACCAUAACUGGGGUGCAGAAGCUGAUAUAUGACAGCACAUCCGAAUUCAACCAGACGGUGGAUGACAAUUUGCAACAGCUAGAGGUCCAGUAUGCCCAGAAUCCGGACUACAUGUCCUUCAUCCAAAAACUGCAGGGCCAGCUGGAUGAGCUGGUCAGGCAGAUGGUGGAGAUUCCCUUCUGGGACAACAGCAACAUGUCACUGGAGGACCUGGCUGUCACGAUUGAGCUGUAUGACUGGUACAGGUGGUUGGGCUACAUUAGCCUGCUGCUCUUCGACGUCCUCAUCUGCCUUCUGGUGCUGUUCGGCCUUAUUCGGAACUCCAAGGGAACACUUGUUGGGGUUUGUUUGUUUGGUGUUGUGGCUCUGGUGAUCAGCUGGGUCUCCCUGGGGCUAGAGCUCGCACUCUCAGUAACCUCAAGUGACUUCUGCGUUGCUCCUGAUACAUAUGUGACCAAAGUGGCAGCCCAGUAUGGGGUCGUCGACAAAGACAUUCUGAGGUACUACUUGAGCUGCAGUUUGGAGCAAAGCAACCCUUUCCAGCAGAAGCUUUCUGGAGGUCACAAAGCUCUCGUUGAGAUGCAAGAUGGUGUCGCCGAGCUUCUGCAGUCAGCAGCAAGGGAAUACAAGCAAACUAAGGGGCGCCUGGAGGAGAUCCAGGGGAUCCUGAACACCACUGAGAACAGCCUCCACCAGCUCACAGCUCUGGUGGACUGCCGCAGUUUACACAUGGACUAUGUCCAGGCGAUGACUGGCCUCUGCUAUGAUGGACUGGAAGGCCUCAUCUACCUCGUGCUCUUCUCCUUCAUCACUGCUCUCAUGUUCAGCUCCAUUGUUUGCAGCGUGCCACACACUUGGCACAGCAAAAGGGGCGACGACGACAGUGAGGAUGAGUCUCUGAGCCAUGGCGGACGCCAGAACCAUGAUAACCUGUACCGGGUGCACAUGCCGAGCCUGUACAGCUGCGGCAGCAGCUACGGCAGCGAGACGUCCAUCCCUGCCGCCGCUCACACAGUCAGCAACGCUCCAGUCACCGAGUACAUGGCUCAGAACGCAAACUUCCAAAACUCCCGCUGUGAAAACACACCUCUAAUAGGACGCGAGUCUCCGCCUCCAUCGUACACCUCCAGCAUGCGAGCCAAGUACCUGGCCAACAGCCGACCAGAACCAAACAGCCGAUCAGAGCCGAGCAGCCGACUGGAACCCAGCAGCCAACCAGAGUCCAGCUCUCCUCCGGCGCCUUAAGACACUGGACCGCAUGACAUUUCCGACAGGCAAACCCGAACAGGAGCAUCGUCGGCUGUAUAUUCGGUUCAACUCUGGAUGUACAGCUCAUCUCCAGCUUCUCUCCUCACUCAUUCGCGCAUGAGGACGUGCUCUUGUCUUAAACACGUCGCCAUGUCGACGCCUGCACUGAUUCCUUCUGUGUUUUCUUUAACAGCAGUUCCAUAAAUACUGCAUUUUAAAUUGUCUCACGGAACCGGGACCAGUUUACUGCACAGUUGUGUCAAUGUGUUUCUGCCUCCGUUUCUGCUUCUACGACUGGACUUGAACUGUGAACUGGCUGCUGGUGGUUUGCUGCUGUCUGACCAGUUCUUUUUUUUUUUUACUUCUUAAAUGUCAUGGACAGUUGUGUUUGUGACCAAACUCUGUUGUAUUUGUUCUUAAUGCUUGAAAAAAAAAAACAUUGUCUCCGCACACAC